AUGUUUGUGCCUGUGUGUUUGUUGUUGCUCGGAGUCGGCGUGACGCCGACGCCGACGUCGGAUUAUUACCAUGCGCAGUGUGGCCACGGUUACUGUCAGACGGAGGCCAAAGGUAUCAUUACCAAAAGUUCGCUGCGAUUGCCAGAGGUCGAGAUCCCGCCAGAAGUUGCGGAGUUCCAAUUCCUCAUACCGGAUAAAUGCGAAGAAUGGGGUCGCGACCUAGCCGGAUGUGUUGUCCACGUGUGCGAUUCAGAUGCAACGCCGACUCUGACUGUCAGUGAGAACGGCGUCGGCGUCGCCAAAGUGCUCCGUUCCGGGACGCUGGCCAACCCUGCUUAUGUAUACUUGACUCAAUACUGCAUCUGAUAAAAAAAAACACUAGUA